AUGACAACAGAAGGCCCCCCGCAUGCGCAGCCCUCGUCCAUUGCGCGCCCGCAUGCCGCUACUUCAAAUUCACGCUUAAUUCCUUUGUCCUCGGCGUCUUCCAACACUGCCUCCACAUCACUAUCAUUGCCACCUCCGCCGUCCACGGCGCCUUCCCCACACGACACCGACGCCUUCUCCACCCUCGAUCCCGCCACCCUGCUCCCACUGCUGCGCUGCCCCCUGUGCGUAUACGAGCGCGCCUCGUCCUCGUCCUCGCGUGCCGCCGCGCUCGCGCCCACCGAGGCGCUCCUCGAGCAGCCCACGACGCUCCGCUGCGGCCACACGCUCUGCGCGGCACACCUGUCCGCGCUGCCCACCCCCGCUGCGGCGCUGCCGCCCGUCACAGGCGUGGCGCGCCCGUGCCCGCUCCCGACAUGUCCGUCCCGCACCGGGCGCACGCUCCGCGCGGGCGAGGUGAGCACGUUCGUGCACCCGGAGGCGCGCGUCGGCUUUGUCCCUGCGCCGCCGGACGCGGAUGCAGGGGACAACCAUGGCGGUGGUGGUGGUGACGACGGGACACGGGACCCGGGGCAUCGCGCGGACGUGCUCGUCCAAAAGGCGGUCGCACUUGUCCGGCGCGCGUACGGAGAUGGGGAGGAGCAAGAAGAGGAGGCCGUGAUCGGCGGCGGCGGCGGCGUGGCGCCGGACGACAGAACAGACGACGAAGACGAGGACGAAGAAGGCGCCAGCGGGACCGAGGCGGAGGGCAGGCUGCAGCAGCCUGCCGCACGUCCGUCCUCCCUGCGCAGACCGCACACGCCGUCAGGCCCCGGCAGGCCGCGCAAGCGACGCCGGCUCGUGCGCCACAGCGACGUGCGCGCCCCGAGGCACACGACGCCGCCGCGCGACGGCCGCGGCGCACCCACGUUCGAGAAGGAGCUCCUCGCGGAGCUGACGUGCGAGAUAUGCUUCGCGCUGCUGUGGCAGCCGGUCACGACGCCGUGUCAGCAUACGUUUUGCGCACGGUGUCUGCACCGCACGAUGGACCACAGCAGCGCGUGCCCGAUAUGUCGCCAGACGCUGCCCGGAUAUGCGUACUUCCAGGAUCACCCGUGCAACAAGGUCGUCCUCUCGCUUAUUUUGAAAGCGUUCCCGACGCAGUACGACGAACGCGGCGCGACGAUCGAGGCCGAGGAACGUGACGCGCGCCUCGACACGCCCAUCCUCGACGCGCAGCUGAGUUUCCCCGGCAUGCCGACGAUGUUGCACCUCUUCGAGCCGCGAUUCCGCCUCAUGCUCCGGCGCUGCCUCGCGACGCCGCACCCGUCGUUCGGGAUGAUCCCCCGGCCACGCGCGGCGGCGGCAGCGGGUGCGGGCGCGGACGCCGGGAACGACUACGGGACGAUGCUCGAGAUCCGGAACGUGCAGAUGCUGCCCGACGGGCGCAGCAUCGUCGAGACGUGGGGCACGUACCGCUUCCGGAUCAUGGAGCGCGGCGUGCUCGACGGGUACACCGUCGGGCGCGUCGAGCGCGUCGAGGACAUCGUCGACGAGGAGGCGGAUGCGGCGGACAUUGCGGCGGCCGCGCCUGCGCCUGUGCACGCGCCGCACGCGUCGGGCGGCGGGGCAGGUGGUUCGGCUUCGGCUGGCGCGUCUGCUGCGGGUCCGGGUGGGUACUCUGCGGCGCCCUUCGCGGGGCCUUCCUCCAGGGCGGGCCACCACGGUGGCGCGGCUCCGCCGUCGCAUGAGCCGAGACGCACGGGCGCGACGAACGCAGAGCUCAUGACGGUGUGCCGCGACUUUCUCGAGGAGCUCACCGAGGGCACGCCCUGGGUCGGGCAGCACCUGCACCAGAGCUACGUCCCGAUGCCGGCCGACGCCGUGCGGUUUUCGUUCUGGAUGGCGUUGUCCCGCCCUUCCGCGACAGCGCCCCCCGCCUGCCAUCUCAUCGCCGCGCUUUGUUUCUUGUUGCCACAAAAAAAAAAAAGGUCCCGCGCUUACGCCUCUGCCUCCCCCGCGCAGGUGGUUCUCUGGUGGCUGUACGCUCUCCUGACGCGCCUCGUGCCGGUGCGCCCGCCGGCGGUGCUCCACCCGGCGAUGCUCGGCUUCCGGCGCCGCCACAGCAUCGUGCGCGUCGGCUACGCGGGCUGGCUCGUCAUCAGCGCCGCCGUCCUCUGGGCGCAGCUCGGCCUGUGGGCGGGCCCUGUGCCUGCUGCCGUCGUGCCGGAGCGGCGCGAGGAACGGCGGUGA